AAUGUAAAUAAUACCUACGCGAAUUUGCGAAAUUAUAAACGGAAUUGAAAAUAAAGUGAAAUAUAAAAUAAUCACCUGCUUAUUAAAUUUAGUUUUAGUAAAUAAAUUGCAGCUUGGAUGAAACCAUAUAGCAGAAUACGACUUGAAAUAAGUAAGAAUAAUGCCAUCGGGACGAAAGCGAUGGCACUUGCAUGAUGGACCACAAGGCUCACUGAGGAGGCUGCGUAAUCAACUGGCUGAAGAUGGGUGUGCCGAAUCACAGGUUGUACUAGCUAAACAAUUGCUGGAGGAAAAAUGUGAACUGGAAGCAGAUAAGAUAUCAAAUUUCAAACAGGCACUCGAAUGGCUCAUUUGCGCCACUGAACAGGCGCAUCCUGAAGCUAGGAGAAUGCUUAGAAGGUGUAUUCGUUCCGGCGUGAUAGACGAGGACAGCUCCCCGAUAGUACGCGCCAAGUCUUGCUUGGCUGCCAGCAGACAGGAGACAGUAGCCAGAAAAGCCGCCAGGGAUCUAUUCGCGAGUCUCUCAAACGGGGAACAAUACAUAACCACUGCACAACUGGAGCGACGUAUUCGUGAAAUUUGUUCUACAACACUGCGGAAGGAUUCCGAUGAUGAGGCGAUCGAUGAUGAUUCACCAGAAGGGGCAAGAGCUUUGGACGGUGAACAGGCGCUAGAACCAUCACAGCUUCAAUCCGGUGACCACAUACACUCAAAUGGUACCAUACGUACACACGACGUUGAUGAUGAUUAUACAGACAGGCCCACACAGAGCGACGAAAUCCGCAACCUUACCAUAGACAAUCUAGUUUCCGCGGCAGUAGACUACUGUCAGGGCGAACUACCUCUAGUCAGCUACGAGUUAACCCUCACAGACCCUAGCAUUAAAGCCCUAGACCAUAUACCUAUACUCCACCAAGCCUUUCUACACCCAUUAGUCUUCAUACAAGUACUUUAUUUAAAACUCCUUUUCUAUCUGGGUACAUUUUCAUUCAGACUCUCGAACAUCGAGCUGUCUUUACUCCUUAUAGCUUAUUUGUCAGUCAGUACUGACAGUCUGUACCAUUUAGUUCCAUUAGUUUUGUACUACGCGAGCAUCAUCGUCAUGACAAUAUGUACCUUCAAGAUGCUGCUCGCUAAACGUCAGUUUAUCGAUUUCCGGAAAUGGUCCGGACUAUUCUUACGGUAUAGCGACGGGAACUUGCAGCCGGACGAAUCGGAAAAUCUAUUUGUGCGGAACAAUCUCGGUCCUUUUCUACAGUUUUUCUUAGCUUUGUUCGUUAAUUUGUUUUUAUACCCAUUUAUAGCGAGUCAGUGGGUGCCAUUUUCGGAAUUCUGUGUUCUGUCAUUCUGUCUAAUGUUUAUGACAUUGCUAUCUUUCGGCACGAAUGGCAACCCUUAUCCAGAUGUAUUGGCUUUGAUUUCUUUCGGCAUUAACGUUUUGGCGAAAUACCCUUACGAGAAGGACACGGUUGUCCACCAAGGAUGGAGAUUCUUGGACCUGCACAUAUCGAAUUAUCCGUCUUACAUCCUAGGUAAUAGCAUCGAGUUUUGCUUGAACGCUCGCGUGUUCUUUUCUCUACUGAUACCAGUGAUUUUAUUCCUAAUGGCCCGUCGAGGGAAUUGGCAAGGGGUACUUAAGUAUACACUCCCCCAUUGCGUCACUCUCAGCUGGUUGCAAAUGUUUAUAACAUGUUCGCAUGGUUGCACCACGUAUGGUUUGAUUAGGGGUACUUUGGCUUUGGUCUGCUCGUUCCUAUUUUUGCCCCUUAUGGGUAUAGUUACUGUGACUUUGCCCAUAUUCGCGUUCCUCCAGUACGUUACGAUGUCGAGGAUUUUCUAUACUUUGACCGUAUUGGUUGGUCUCACUUUUGGAUUGGGGGUUACCUGUCUACUCGCGAAAUCGGAAGCUACCAAGAAAUUCGUCACACCAUUUCAGCUCGCAGUCGGCCUAAUAACACUAUUGUACGUAAGCAAUCAAUUCCUAGUACAGAUUCAAGACGACGGCCUACCAUCCGGCCUAAUAGAAAUACUAGGUGAGAAGAAAACCAGUAUAAAAAAUCUGCUCAAAAACGACUUCAUGUCCGAUUACGAGGAAAACACAUAUCACAUUGGAUGGGACGAUUAUUAUAACCAAUGUAACAACCCAUCUUGGUCCGAGAGCAAUAUAGCUUCAACCCAAAUCAAGUGUUCUGUGUUAGAUGGCGCCAGUGUCAACUGGGAGGGUUAUGUUAAUGAUGUCAAGUUGAGGAGUGUACGCAAUAGGUGGAGUUACUUCGCGUCGUGGCUACCCGGGGUUUUGUCGGAGUAUUUCAAAUGUUACUACGGCGAGGAAUAUUCGACUCUAUGCCAAACCGAGGAAGGUGCUAUGUUGAAUGACUGCGAGUUUGUCCGUAGCGUGGCACGGCAGAGUGGGAGGAGCUGUCACUUGAACAAUUUGAAUGAAUACAAGUACGAAGUGGCGGUUAAUAUGGAAGCAAAUGGCGGGCUACUAAAGCGCCAUGCGGAAAUAUCUCUCAUUUUCGAUAACGUGUUCACGAAUUUCACACGUCUACUGCGCUCCGAUGACAAAAUACGCUUCAAGGGUGUACUCACAAACGAGAAUGAGUCUUACAACAUUGGCAAUAAGGACCUUAUUGUGAAAGGCCACGAGAUUAAAUGCAUAGAAUGUAAAACUGCCAGGGGUACCGUGACCUCAAGGACACCGUACUCGUCAAAACUGUCCGAACUUUGUAAAACUAUUGUAAACGAUUGCAUUGUCUCCGCUAAAUAUAUAUUGAACUUUAUAUUGAAUCCCGUUAUUGUUUUUAAAUAAAUGUUGUCGGAUGUAUUUUUAAUUUAUUUUUUAGAUAGUUGUAGAAUCAGUAUCGAUGUUGUUAAGGGGUCAUCCAUUAUUAUCGUGGGUCGACCCCAUUCCCCUUUCGUCGUGAGUUUUUGCUCGACCCGUUUUCCUUGCCUAUUUUUUUUUUAGAUGGUUCUUAGAAUCAGUAUCGAUGUUGUUACGGGGUCAUCUAUUAACGUGAGGCGACCCCCAUUCCCCCGUAGUCGUGCUCGACCGUUCCCAUUACUCUAAUCUUUACUAAAUGUGUUGUUUUUGUGUAAAUAAAUACAUGAAUCUUUGCAAGCUACUUUAUGGCUAAGAUUUUUAACUAUUUAGGCAUAUUUUAGAGAGAGAAAGGUGUUUUACUUUAUUUAAACCAGUCUUCUCGUAAAUUUAUAAAAUGUGCAUGAAAAGUGAUGCAUUAGCUUUUCAUGAAAAUUUUAACCAACAAUGUCUUUUUUUUGUUACCUUUAACGCUUAGAUAACAUUUCUGAUCCGCCUUGAGAAAAAAAUAUUGUACAUAAAAUUAGGCAUUUGCUUAAAAUAAAUAAAUUUUUGAAGUUUUUUUUUUCUUACGACUUAAUUAAUAAAAAAUAGCAUUUGCAAGAACUAGUGAUGCAACGAGAGCACGCUACAGGAUAAAGAAAUUAAACAAAAUUAAAAUCUGUAAUUUAAAAUGGCUACGGAAAUUUUAAAACACGGUCACUUUUUUCUGAACAUCAUUAAUGUAAUAUUUUUGGAUCAAAUAUACUGUCAAGAUUUAACGUGCUUUAAAUAAGCUUGUAUCUUUAUAUUUAAUUUUGAAUUAAAGUGAUAAUGAAUUAAAUGAAAUAUGAAUUAAACUCAUUAAGUAUGGGUCACAUCUGAUGAAUGAAUAAUGUAUGUAAACUCAUAAUAGAAAAUGAUUUGUGUGAAGUAAGAAUUACGUACCUAACUAAUAUUUAUGUUGUCUGUAACAAAAUGUCUAUUAUAUUUUAAUGAUUAUUGAUAUUUCUUAUAAUUGGCCUAAGACUGCAUUUUAGAAAUUGGUGGCUAUUUUGCUGUACAUAAAUCUCAAAAUUAAAUUUGGAAAACUAAUAAUAUAUAGGAUAUGGUGUGAAAAGAUACGUUUUGAAUAUCAAAGCAGUAACGGCGAAGUAAAUUAGUCUUUAUGGAACUCAAUUUAGAGCCGUAAAUGCUAUACAACUUAUUGGUAUUUAUCAUAAAUUUCGCUUGAGCAUUGGUUAAUUGAAUAAUUGGCUAAUUUGAGCAUUAAAACAGACGAAAUAAGUUCCAUUUUACUAUUGACAUUAGUGUGAUUCGAUAUUUGAAAUUCCGACAUUCCAUGUUUAUUUCAUCGUUUACGUUCGGCCGUCGAAAAAUUGUGCUCCUGAUGGUUCUUUAUCGAAUAGACGAUCACUAAAAAAAGACUGUCAUUAAAAAAAAAAAA